CAAAAAAGAAAUAGGUAAUUACAAAAAUAAUUUAGUACUACAUUUAUUUCUCAAUAUCCAACCAAUAAACAUUAACUCAUGUCCAACCAACGAACCAAUCCCAUUCGCCUCACAACAAAUCAUUAAAAUUCACAGCAAAAUCAAUUGAGAGAGAAUAGAGAAACGGAGUAAUGGAAAAGCAGCAGAAGAAGAAGAUUAACCUGGCCUUCCUACCGGCUUCCGGCGCCGGCCACACUCCCUCCACCAUCGAAUUAGCCAAACUCCUCCUACUCCACCCCUCCGCCGCCGGCCGCCUCUCCGUCAGCCUCAUCCUCACCCCAUCCACCGCAUGCUUCGCCUCCUCCCUUUCCCUCCUCCCAACCUCCACCUCCUCCUCCUCCAUCUCCAUCUACUACCUCCCCUCCAUCGACCUCCCCUCACCCCAAUCCACCGACGGAAUGGCCGAUUACAGCGCUCGCUGCUUCCAACUCUACACCCCACACAUCAAAUCCGCUCUCGCCACCACCUCCGCCUCCGCCCUCAUCAUCGACUUCUUCGCAACCGCCGUCAUCGACGCCGCUGACGAGCUUCAAAUCCCUACCUACGCCUACAUCCCCUUCAACGCCUCUAUGCUCUCCCUGGUUCUCCAUCUCCCAACCCUCCACGAUGAAAUCCCCAUCGAAUUCCACCAAUUCCAUGACCGGGUUCACGUGCCUGGCUUGCCCCCGAUCCCGCCAUUGUCGAUGCCCAGCCCCAUUAUGAACAAGAAGAGCCGUCUGUACACCUGGUCCAUCUACCACGCGCACCGGCUUAAACAGGUCAGAGGUAUUUUAGUGAACACCUUCCGUGCGCUCGAGAAAGGGGCAAUCUCCGCAAUGGAAUUGGAUGAAUCGAUUCCUCCGAUUCAUCCGAUCGGACCGAUUCUCCGUUUAUCCACGUCCUCCGGCGAGCGGCACGAAUGCCUAUUGUGGCUCGACGAGCAACCGGCGGCUUCGGUGGUGUUCCUCUGCUUCGGGAGCAUGGGAAUGAUGACGGCCGCGCAGGCUGGGGAAGCGGCGGCUGGGAUUGAGCGGAGCGGGUACAGGUUUCUGUGGAUCCUGCGGCUCGCCGACGGGGAGAAGGAUGGGUUUCCGUUAGGGUUUCGGGAGAGGACGAAGGGUAAGGGGAUGGUGUGGGAGGGAUGGGUGCCUCAGAUGGAUAUUUUGGGUCACAUGGCGGUGGGGGGAUUCGUGACGCACGGGGGCUGGAAUUCAAGUCUGGAGAGCUUGUGGUGUGGGGUGCCGAUGGUGGCUUGGCCGAUGUAUGCGGAGCAGCAUUUGAAUGCGUUUUUGAUGGCGACGGAGAUGAGUUUGGCGGCGGAGAUGGCGUCGGAGCGCCGGCGAGAGGGGUGGGUGACUGCGGAGGAGGUGGAGAGGAAGGUGAGGUGGUUGAUGGAGGAGAGCGAGGAAGGGAGAGCGGUUAGGGAGCGGGUAAAGCAGAUGAAGGCGGCGAGUCGAGAGUCGGUGGAGAAUGGCGGGGCGGGGGUGGGGGGGGAUGAGCUGCACAGACUCAUUACUGAGUUGUCUAACGAGUCAUAUGAGAGAGAGUUGAGAGAGGAUUAGGGUCGGCAUUGAUGUGGUAUCGAGAUAAUAUUAUGAUGAUUUUAAAUUGAUUUGGAUCACUUGUUCCCAUUUUGAUUUUGAAAUGGUGUCUAAUCAUAUUUUGUUUUGACAUGUUGUAUGCUGACUCGUGUGAUCUAGUUGUAGAAAUGGAUUUCAUUGUAUAAAAAAAUUAAGCG